AUGAGUCCCGACUGCUGGAUACUCCUCAGCCGACUUCAACGCACUAGAAAAGAAGUGAUAGACUGGGGACCAACCGUGGCGGAAGCGUGGCUGAGCCUUUCGUGGGACUUCGCAUCUAGGUCGAGAGCCUGUCUGGAUACGCUCGAGAUCACGAAGAAGCUGCUCUCUGCGACUUGCUUGGAGAGCGUUCCCGACAGACAUACGUUCUGGACCUGGGACCCUUCCAACCCCGAGUCCGAAGCCAGACAAUAUGUGCUGUGGGAGUACGAAAGGGACGGCAAAAGGAUCCGCGUGCCUUACGGGGGAUGCCGAAAAGCCGGUAUGGAGGCCGACGACAUGCUGGACUGGGUGAAGACGGCCUAUCCAGCACUGGGCUGGCGUCUCGUUGUGAAGAUUCAGGUGGUACCUCGAGCGAAGGACCCACCAAACUCCGGGUUUACAGUGGCCGGACAGGGUGUCAUCGACACGCCUCGAAGGACGACGCACCGCCGUGUGGUCGACCUGCUUCGGGCAUCAAGUUUCGAGGGUGUCGGGUUCGGUGGGGCCCUACAGCACCGGGAACGGCAGUGCAGCUCAAUCCGACCAAGUCGUCAACGAUGCGGUUGA